AUACCCCGACUUCUCCAAACUGAAGUGCCGGCAACGCAGACGGACAGGCAAGGACCGAGAGGCGGUGGCACAGAUCUGGGACCAGCAGAUCGAAGAGGGACAAACCAGGCGGUUGCAAGGAGAGAAGGAGGAUUUUCUAGAGGGUUUCGCACGGUUUUCUUCUUUUUUACAAACCAGCUGCACGGAGGAGCUUCAAGAAAGAUGAAUUAUUUCAUUCUGCUGUCGCUUUUUGCCACGGUUUUCGCCGGAAAUGCACCUCGGCUGAAAUUUGUUGUGCACGAGCCCUCCAGGUUCCACUUCAACAAACCUGAGAACUACAUCAGCAUGUACCACCAGGAAGGAAGCGACACGGUGUACGUUGGCGGCCAGGCGAUGGUCUAUGUGUUGACGUUCGCUAACAGAGGGGUCCGCGACGUGCAGAUCCCAGCGGCAUCUGACCAGACCGCAAUUGAUACCUGCAAGGCAAAGGCUGCACCACUCGAGCUGGAGUGUGAUAAUUUCAUCACCGUCAUUCAGAAAGUAAACGACACAAUGAUUAUAUGUGGAACAAAUGCUGGGAGCCCCAGGUGCUGGAUGCUGGUCAAUGAGACGGUGCUGACCGACGUCCAGGGGAACGGGCAGAUCGCGUCGGCCUCUGACAUCUCACCGCCCUACCCUUCCCAGAAGUCCAUCAGCUUUCCUGCAGAUGGGAGUCUGUAUUCGGCAAUGUCAUCUGUGGCAGGUCACCCCGGCUCCAUUCGACGUACGUUUGGCUCCCAGAAGCUCCUGAAGACGGAGAACAUUUGGCUGCUGAAUCCACAGUUUGCGGGGGCAGCCGUUAUCCCGUCCACAAUGAAGUACAAGGAGGAGAUCUACUUCUUCUUCAGUGAGCUCAACAAGACAGCCCGAGUGGACGAGGAGCCGUACAGGGCCCGCAUUGGACGCAUCUGCACGGUGGAUGAAGGGGGCAUCAAAGCACUGCUGGAGAACUCGUGGACCACCUUCAUGAAGGCCCGGAUGAUGUGUGGUGCAGGAAAAACACACCAGCAGUACAACAACCUGAAGCAGGCGGUGGUUCUGACGGCGCAGGACAAGAGGGCGGGGGUCCUGUACGGCCUGUUCUCCAACGCAUGGGGCAGAACAGUGAUUUGUGCCUACUCCAUCGAAGACAUUGACGUGGCUUUCUCCACUUCCAAACUGAAGGGCUACAGCAGCGCUUUCAUUGGCUCUCGCCCUGGGAUGUGCGUACGCAAAAACUCGACAACAGGAGGUCACAACGACAUCAAAAACCUCGGGGUGAUCAGAUACCACCCGGAGAUCGAGGAUGUGAUCCAGCCGGUCGGUGUGGCUCCGCUAGACCUGCCCAUGGACGACGACCAAAUCACACACACUGUGGCGGACAUCGUGAUGGCGGUCAACGACGAGCACUACAGCGUCCUGUACAUCGGAACAGAACAAGGCAAAGUUCUCAAGGUUCUUCACACCAGCGGGGGGGUCUUCAUCAUAUCUCAGUACUCUCUGUUUCACAACGAGGGCCCCAUUCUUAAGAUGGCUAUCGACUCCCAAAAGGGUCACAUGUACGUCGGCACGGCGAUGGAAGUCCAACGGCUGCCGCUGGCUGACUGCAAUCGCUAUGGCGACACAUGCAGGGAUUGCAUCCUUUCUCGGGAUCCUUACUGCGGCUGGGACAGGGCGAGGAGGAGGUGCCUUGCCAUCCCGCCCGGAUACAACAUCACCACUGGGACACUUAUUCAGAACCUGGAUCAGUCCAACUCUUCGGUUUGUGGGGAAGCUGCUGCUCUGAAGCAGCGUCGCACUUCUCCCAGAGAGGUGCUGGUGGUGUCCAACACCUCCAUCUUUCUCCCGUGCCCGGUGCGCUCCUUCCACGCUACGUACCGCUGGGAGAAAGACAACUGUGUCAAGAACUAUCCCUGCCUCUUCUCCGGGGAUUUCUGCGUGCUGGGGCCGGCCGUCAGAACGCCCCUGAAGGAUGGCGUCUUCCGCUGCAUGGCCACCGAAGACGGAUUCAAGGUGGAGGUCAUCUCCUUCAGGCUGGUGAACGACGGCAGGCUCCUGGCCGCCUCCCUGGCCUCCACCUUGGGCCCGUCGCUCCUGCUAGCCAUGGCUACCCUGUGGCUCCAUUAACUGCAGCUACCGCUAAUGCUAACCCCUCAUCCUUACUGGCUCCCAAUGACAGGAAUACACGGAGCCUCUGUUAGGAGGCUAGGUUCGCAGAGCAUUGAAGUACAUGGUUGUGUUGGACCGUGAAAAUCCUUUUUCCAUAUCAAUUUAUAGAGAAAGAUUCCAGAAAAGUCUGUAUUUUUUGCAUAAAGCAACAUAUCAGCAGCUGUUUUAAUAAGAUCCGAACUGGGAAACACAUUCAUUAUCAUAGCAAAGUAACUAGAAGUUCAGAAAUUGACAUAUCUUGCAAGUUCGAUCAACCGUAGUUAGGUGCUUUGCGAACCUUUCCUCUCUGACUGAAAACAUAUCGUAUGAGUUGGGCAAAAACACCGAUACCAGGCCAAUUAUUUUUACCAUUUCUCUACUUUAUUUCAAAUCGACUUGACUGUGCUUAUUUGUGAAUAUAUAAACCUUUAAUACCGCUCUUAAAUCUGAUCAUUCAUCUUGUUAGACUUCAUUGGUAUAGCUCAUUAGAACGUAGAAAAAUGUCUGGUAUUGAGAUUUGAAAAGCCUUAACACUUCUUGGACAUUAACUCCUAAGCACAAUUUUGAGGCAGACUUGGCGCUAUGAUUAUUGCGGCUGAGUCGAACAACAUCGCUGGGAGGAAGUGUCAUCUUUUUGACAGGAAGUAGGAAGAUGGGCAAAAGCUCAUUCUCGGAACAUCACUGUGUCAGCACCUCCUUCUCAGGCGAGGAAGUACGUUGCAUAUUAGAUAUCAGACAUCGUCAUUACGCCUUGUUCACAGCUUUGUCCAUUGUUUCGUUUUUUACAUUCUGUGGUCUUGCCGCCUCCCCAGAGCAUCAGAAACAAAGAUCUCGCUCUUAACGUGACCCGGGGAGAGGGACAAACGGCUAACUGACGUCCAAUAUCUGUCAACCCGACAAUGCGAAGAUGUGAACAAGGUGUUGUGCUAUAGCAAUUUCAAUAAACACACAUUAACAUACACAUAAGGGCGGAUGAAGCUAAAAGGAACUGCAUAUUAAGCUUGUAUUUUAGUUUGCUAUAGGCUUGUACUUAGAUACGUGAAGUGUGUUCUGUAUUUUAUCGCUCUGCAGAUGCUGAUUUCUACCAUUGCUGCCUACGUAAGUGACUCUUUGUCUUGAUUGUUUGGGUUUAAAUGCCAUAGUUAGAACGUGAAGUGUAACCACCGACUGCUUUGCCUCUCUCCCAUGCAGGGACAUCAGAGCAAACAGACAGGAACAUGGUUCUUUUGGUAAUACUUGUAUCUCUAUGCUGUGAAACAAAAGGCUUGACAGACUCAAGUUGCUUCCCACAGCAGCAUCCACAACCAGCGGCGACAACGAUAGCUAGCAUCACGCUACCUCUCCUUUAAUAACUCAAACUUCAUUAAGACCAAGACGAGAGUUGAAGCUGAGUGUUUAGAAGAGAAAAGAUGCGAGUUAAAUAGCCCUAAAAAGUAAACGUUGAAUGAAUACUGAUCAGCUGACUGAAGAAGUAGGCUUCAGCGGUGAUGAAUUAUGCAGCGGAUUAGCAUGUUCUCCUGAGCUUUGAGAAUUAUCAUUCAGUAGUGUUACAUACAGCUGGCCGUGCCGAGCCGUCCUCACUGGCAGACAUGUCAUUAAUAGCUAAUUAGACAAUGGAGCCUUCUCGCCAUGCACCUUAUUAAAGAAUUGAUGUUACACCGUCGAGCAGCGGGCAUGUUCUCAGCUGUGAAAACCUCGAGGUGGUGUCGUGAUUCUCUCUCAGCUCGGUUGUGUGUUGCUGCUCUGGGAUCUGCUCGCUUUCUGUAAUGCACUGAAACUGGCUUCUCACUGUGCCAAUAAAAGACAAAAAGAAAAAACAAAGCUAUGUUGAGCCACCGUAUCCUCCCGACGUCGCUUCUUAUGUUCAUUUGCUUUAUCCCUCGCUCCUUACCUGAUGUUUUAUCUGUUCCCCCAAAGUGACUCUGUGUAUGUGUUUGGUCCUUUCUUAAGCCAGACACACACACCUUCUGUAGGUGCAACAUGCGUAUUAAUCAUCUUUGUGUCACCACCGGGGAGGGAACAUAUCAACAGACAACGGCUAAGAGCGGGUAAACAUUUAGUAGAGGCUGUUAGAGAGGCUGUUGGAGACCUUUGGCAGUAAAACAACUCAUAGACAUGCUCAUUACAUAGUCCUGUUAAACCUCCUUUAUCCCUUAAAAUAACUGCUGAGUAAGUGUCGUUGUGAUUCAAUAGCGAAGGCAAGCCACUUUGAGAGGAGAGGAAAAUUGCAUCUCAUGCCAACAAGGCAUUGGUGGAAGUUCCAAGAAAGUAGUAGUGCUGCAAAAUGCAUAGAUUAACAGUGGGUGGAUGAUGGAUGGGGUAGGAACAUUUUUGAGCUCAUUCUCCUCCCCUAACCCUGACACAGCCUAUAGCUGCAUUCACAUGAGACGGGGUAAAAUAGCUCUGCGCUGUUGUUGUUGUUGCCGUUGUGUUUUGAAUGGAGAAAGCAAAGCAGCCUGACUUUCGUAAACCUUCAGCGCUGUGCACCGCUCGAGUUCAUGUUAUUCCAACGCUGACCUUACGACGCGCAACCACUCAGAUGACAGCUUUGUGAACAACCCAAGUUAGCAGGGGACGUAACAAUAGAAACUUAUAUGGCUGUUUUCAUAGCAUGGCGCCAAACCUAGCGGUGAGCAAAUCACGUAUAAUGUGAAUGCAGCUUAACCCUAAACAUAAAUGUGUUCUUUACUUCACCCUAACUAAGUACUUUUAGUUGGCCUACACAUAAUUUUGCAGAUGCAUAUUGUACAAAAGAGCAUGUCUAUGUUAGUGUUGGUUGCAGGGUGUGUUUUCUCACCGGGAGAGAUGCCCUUGCGAGUGUUAACAGGUCGUUGUUGCUGUGCAGAGCUGAUUGUAUUUCUUCGUGAGGAGCGGCGCUGCAGGCAGGUGAAAUCAGGCUUUCUUCAUCCCGCUCCUUCCUAAGUCAUCCCGCUCAACACCACAAGGCUUUGCUUCAGUAUCAACACUUUUCCAGCUAAUGCGUGGAAUUAAGAUUUAUAGCAUUUACAGCAUUUACCAACAGUUGCCGUUUUUUUCUCCCCGUUCAAGUCCUUGCUUUGAUAUGGAUAUUCUCACGGUCGUUUUUUAUCGGAAUCCGGUAAUCGCUCCUUCGCAACCGCCGUCGUCAGCCGGUCCGAUAAAGGCUAAUCUCCUUCAAAGCAAGCUCUUGAUUUGCCUUCAGGAAACCAAUUUAAUGGAUCAAGCUAUCUGAUGUAAACGAAUCAACGUCGAGUGAAGCGGGUCGCCGUUUUGUUUGCUCUGGGGUGUUUGAGUGUCGAGUACUGUACAUGAUGUGUGCCCGCAAUUAUGUGUCUUGAUAUAUCUUAUUUUAAAGGAACAUGCCAAACUCUAUUAUUGAAAAAAAAGAGAGAUUUAUAUUGGUGCCAUGCCAGUCUAAUGCCAUCUCAUUACAUGUAUUUUUAAAAAACCAGUUAUCUACAGUGCAAUAGAUAUUCAUGUAACAAAUCCAUAUUGACAUGUGUUUCCCUGAACAUGUGCGGUGAAAAUUAAUAAAAUAUAACUACAAAAAAA